ACAAUUUGCGCAUGCGUAAGCGACGCGUGCGGUACGACGACGACGAGGUCCAUUCGCGUGGCCUCGAGUCGUCAGUGCAGUCACCAUGGCUCUCUCGUGUCGUUUCUACAAACACAGAUACCCCAAGCUGGAGGACGUGGUGAUGGUAAACGUUCGCUCCAUCGCCGAGAUGGGUGCCUACGUGAGUCUGCUGGAGUACGACAAUAUCGAGGGGAUGAUCAUGCUGAGCGAGCUCUCGCGACGUCGGAUCAGGUCCAUCAACAGACUGGUUCGCAUCGGCCGCAACGAGUGCGUGGUAGUCAUCAGAGUGGACGAGGAGAAAGGUUACAUCGAUCUCUCCAAGAGGAGGGUAUCGUCGGAGGAGAUCCAAAAGUGUGAGGAGAAGUACUCCAAAGGAAAGACUGUGAACAGUAUUCUUCGCAACGUGGCGUCAAAACUGGAGUAUGAGAGCGAGCAGUUGGAGGACCUGUACGAGCGGACAGCCUGGGCUCUGGAGACUCGCUCCGGCCUCCCUGCCAGCUCCUACGACCUCUUCAAGAAGGCGGUCGUAGACCCGACAGUGCUGGAUGACUGUUCGUUCUCCAGUGAGGAGGAGAAGGAGACACUGUUGAGUAACAUCAGACACCGCCUCACUCCACAUCCCGUCAAGAUCAGAGCCGAUGUGGAGGUGUCGUGCUAUGCUUACGAAGGGAUAGACGCAGUAAAAGAGGCCCUGAAAGCCGGUCUCCAGCAGUCUACUGAGGAAAUGCCGCUCGAGAUCCGACUGAUUGCCCCCCCGCAGUACGUCAUCACCACCACCACUCUGGACAGGACAGAGGGAGUCGCUAAACUGAACACGACCAUUCAGGCAAGAACCUCCUCCUCACCUGUACCCCCAGCUCGGUGCCACCCACCCGGUGUCUCUCUCUCUGUCUGUACAGGUCAUCAGAGAAACAAUUGAGGAGAAAGACGGACAGUUUGCCGUCAAAAUGGAGCCCAAGGUUGUCACGGAUACGGAGGACGAAGAGCUGCGGACACAGAUGGAGGAGCUGCGAUUGGCCAACGAGGAGGUUGGCGGGGACGACGACACCUCGGAUCAGGAGGGCGUGGCUGUUGAGGACUCUGAAGAUGCCCCGGGACCUUGACCUUUGCACUCUGUGUGAUUUAUCAAUAAUUGUUCAUGGAAGCACUAAAACCAAGGAUGUGUGUGCACCAUUUUGGUAUACUUCAGUAACACAUUGUAAAGAAAUUAAAUUGAAGCACCACCUAGGCUGGCUCCACGUCAGAAAUAGGAUGUCAAUUGCCGCAACUUUGUUGUCUUACAUCCUCAUACAUCCUCUUUCUAGCCCCACCCUCACACUGAUAGCCAACUUGAAUGGUACGAAAAUAAUGAAGAAUGCUCAUCACUGCACUGGAUCACAUGAAUUGAUCUAUACACGACAGCAGCCAUGUGGGAACUAGUAAGGAGCUCAGGUCGAUUCUAGGCUGAUCAACUGCUCUGGAUGGAUGGGUACCAGCUGGAGGGUACGAAAACUGAAUUGCUUUGUGUAAUUGUGAUAAAACUAAAUAACACGUAUCAAAUAUGAAAAGAGGUGUGUACAAAGGUGGAGGAGUAUAUACAUUGAGGAGGAAGUAAGGAACGGAGGGAGAGUCUAAGACUGUUUCUGUGUCUUCCUCUCGGCGAUGUCAGCAACGAGGUGGACGGCUUCUGUCAGGAGAGAGUCAAGGAGUCCGUCUGCUACCCUCAGUUUCACUGCAGUCUCGUCUCUGUGGUAGUCCACCCAGCUCGCCUCCUCUCUCCUCAGCUCCCUGAUGAGGACCGAGUCGAUGAAAUCAACAUCUUUCCCACCGACUCGCCGCAUACCGUGAAGGAACUUUGCCGAGGGGAGGGGGACAGGGGAGCUGGCCUCGUACCAACCUCCCCCUCACUCUCCUCUGGACUCUGUCAAGAUCAAACUCCGCCUGGCGUUGUGUGCGGGCGGCCACCAGGUGCGAGUUGAGGGCGGGGGAGAAUCUGGUCCAGACCGAGACGUCGGGGUCGCGAGGGGCGGAGUCUCGGAGGACCUGGAGUGUAGUGUCGUAGACAAGUCUGACAUAAGCCUCGUGGCAGUGUUCCUCGCUGGAGCUGAGAUCGGAGAAUAGGGAGAUAAUGUGGGCGGGACAGUCGGGCGGAGAGAGGGCGGGUUCACUGCAGGAGCCACGGAGGUCGUUCCAGAGCGAACAAGUGUGUUGGACGAUGGUAUCGAUGUGGUGUGUGGCACUGGGGACCAUGCAGUGGGCUGAGGUGAAGUCCUGUUGGUCCAGGAGGAGACUGGUGAGAGAGGCACAUGAGAGGGAGGGGGUGAGGGGAGGAGACGU